UAUGAUAAGAUUCACUUCCAGAUUCAGGUUCGGAGCUAGAGCUAAUCCAUACAUUAAGGCUUAGAAAACAUUAAAGGUUGAUGGAAAGGAGUAUAAGUUCUUUAGUUUACCAGCUUUGGGGGAUUCAAAAUUAAGUAAGUUUGAGAUAUAUAUUUUAUAGAUCAUUUACCUUAUUCAAUCAGAGUAUUAUUAGAAUCAGCUGUGCGUAAUUGUGAUGAGUUUGCAGUGACAUAAAAGGAUGUGUAAAAUAUCUUGAAUUGGGAGACAAAUGCACCAAAAUAAAUUGAGAUUCCAUUCAAGCCAGCACGUGUCAUUUUACAAGAUUUUACAGGAGUGCCAGCAGUUGUAGAUUUAGCUGCAAUGAGAGAUGCAAUGAAGAGACUAGGUGGAGAUCCAUAAAAGAUUAAUCCAUUGUGCCCAGUUGACUUAGUUAUUGAUCAUUCAGUUUAAGCAGAUGUAUCAAGAGUACCAAGAGCUUUUGAAGAGAAUGAGAAGAUUGAAUUCACACGUAACUAUGAGCGUUUUGAAUUCUUAAAAUGGGGAUCAACAGCCUUCAAGAACUUCUUAAUAGUUCCACCAGGAUCAGGAAUUGUUCAUUAAGUGAAUUUGGAAUACUUAGCACGUGUUGUAAUGGAAGAAUAAGGAUAUUUGUUUCCAGAUUCAGUUGUAGGAACAGAUUCUCAUACAACAAUGAUUAAUGGUUUAGGAGUAACAGGAUGGGGAGUUGGUGGUAUUGAAGCAGAAGCAGUUAUGCUUGGAUAAACAAUAUCAAUGGUCUUACCUGAAGUUGUAGGUUUUAGAUUACAUGGAAAAUUGCCAUCAAAUGUAACAGCCACUGAUCUAGUACUUACAUGCACAUAAAUGUUAAGAAAGAGAGGUGUUGUUGGUAAAUUUGUUGAAUUCUUUGGACCAGGAGUUGAAACAUUGUCUCUAGCUGAUAGAGCAACUAUUGCUAAUAUGGCUCCAGAAUAUGGUGCCACAAUGGGAUAUUUCCCUAUUGAUCAUAAAACUAUUGAUUACUUGAAUUUAACAGGUAGACCAGAAACAAAAGUUAGAUAAAUUGAAGCUUAUCUUAGAGAAUAAGGUUUAUUCCGUGAUUAUAAGAGUGGAAAUGAUCCUCACUUUUCUGGUGAUGUUUUAGAUUUGGAUCUUGCUUCAGUAUAACCAUCACUUUCAGGACCAAAGAGACCUCAUGAUAGAGUGCCAUUAGGUGAAAUGAAGAAAGAUUGGAGUUCUUGUCUUAACAAUAAGGUAGGAUUCAAAGGAUUUGGUAUUCCAUAAGAAAAAUAAGCAGAUGUUGUAGAAUUCACAUAUCAAGGAUAGAAAUAUUCUCUUUAACAUGGAAGUGUUGUUAUUGCUGCUAUUACAUCAUGCACUAAUACAAGUAAUCCAGAAAGUAUGAUUGGUGCUGGUCUUUUGGCUAAGAAUGCAGUUGAAAAAGGUUUGAAAGUUAAACCAUACAUUAAAACAACUCUCUCUCCAGGAUCUAAUGUUGUUACUAAAUAUUUUGAAGAAUCAGGUGUCAACAAAUAUCUUGAUCAAUUGGGUUUCACUACUGCUGGUUAUGGUUGUAUGACUUGCAUUGGUAACUCUGGAGAAUUAGAUAAUGAGGUUGCAGAUGCCAUUAAAAAUAAAGAUUUAGUUGCUGCUGCUGUCCUAUCAGGAAAUCGUAAUUUUGAAGCCAGAAUCCAUUAAUAAGUUAGAGCAAAUUAUCUUGCAUCUCCACCAUUGGUUGUUGCUUAUGCAUUAGCUGGUACUGUCAACAUUGAUUUUGAUACAACACCAAUUGGAACUGAUAAAAAUGGAAAACCUGUAUUUUUGAAAGAUAUCUGGCCAAGCAGAGAAUAAUGUAGUAAGGCUGUUGAAUAAGCACUUAAACCAUAAAUGUUUAGAGAAAUUUACUCAAAAAUUGCUUAAGGAACAGAAAGAUGGAAUUAAUUGAAAGUCAAUAAGACUGAUCUUUAUUAAUGGAAACCAGAAUCAACUUACAUUCAUAACCCACCAUUCUUCUAAACAACUGAAUUGAAUCCAAAACCAGUUUAACCAAUUAAGAAUGCUUAUUGUCUUUUGAAUUUAGGUGAUUUUAUCACAACAGAUCAUAUCUCACCAGCAGGUUCAAUUGCUGAAAAUUCUCCAGCAGGUCGUUAUCUUAAAAGCAAAGGUGUUUCUAAGAAGGAUUUCAAUACUUAUGGUGCCAGAAGAGGAAAUGAUGAAAUCAUGGCUAGAGGUACUUUUGCUAAUACUCGUAUCAUCAACAAAUUGGUUAGUAAAGUUGGACCUUAAACAGUAUAUGUUCCAACAGGAGAUGUGAUGGAUGUUUUUGAUGCAGCUGAUAGACAUAUGAAAGAAGGAAAUCAAACUAUUGUUUUAGCUGGUUAAGAAUAUGGUUCAGGAAGUAGUAGAGAUUGGGCAGCAAAGUAAUAAAUUUUUUAAUAUUUUAUAGAGGACCAUAUUUAUAAGGUGUUAAAUGUGUUAUUGCAUAAUCAUUUGAAAGAAUUCAUAGAUCUAAUUUAGUUGGAAUGGGUAUCUUACCACUUGAAUUCUUAUAAGGUGAAAAUGCUGAUACUCUUGGAUUAACUGGAAAAGAAUAAUUCACUAUCAAUGUUAACGAAAGUAAUUUAACUCUUGGUUAAACAUACACUGUUGAAACAUGUAAUAUUUUAUAUUCUAUAAUCUCUAGCAACUGGUAAGAAAUUCUAAGCAAAAUCUAGAUUAGACACUGAGGUAGAAAUUGAAUAUUAUAAACAUGGAGGAAUCUUAUAAUAUGUGUUAAGAAAACUCGUCAAAGCAUGAU